AUGUCUCUAAAUUACAUCAAGAACUUCUAUGAAGGAUGUGUUAAACCUCCAACUGUGAUCGGCCAGUUCCACACUCUUUUCUUCGGCUCAGUGCGGAUGUUCUUCCUCGGAGUGCUGGGCUUUGCUGUCUAUGGGAAUGAGGCUUUGCACUUCAGCUGUGACCCAGACAAACGAGAAAUAAAUCUGUUCUGUUACAAUCAGUUCAGGCCAAUAACUCCCCAAGUGUUCUGGGCAUUACAGCUAGUGAUUGUCCUGCUUCCUGGAGCUAUUUUCCACCUGUAUGCCGCAUGCAAAAGCAUCAAUCAAGAAUGCAUUCUUCAAAAGCCCAUGUACACUGUGAUCUACAUCCUCUCAGUCUUGUUAAGAAUCAGCCUGGAGGUGUUAGCAUUUUGGCUUCAGAUCCACCUCUUUGGCUUCCAAGUGAAGCCUAUAUACUUGUGUGAUGCUGAGUCUCUUGGUAAGAAAAUAAAUAUUCUAAAAUGCAUGGUUCCAGAACACUUUGAAAAGACUAUUUUCCUCAUUGCAAUGUACACAUUUACUGUGAUCACAAUGGUAUUAUGUGUUGCUGAGGUUUUUGAGAUCAUAUUUAGAAGAUCAUGUUUCCUCUUUAAACGAUGA